AUGGGUCUGGAACUCUUUCUGGACUUGCUGUCUCAGCCCAGCCGUGCCGUCUACAUCUUCGCUAAGAAGAACCGCAUCCCGUUCGAGCUACGCACUGUGGAUUUGCUUAAAGGGCAGCUUGUGAGCAAGGAGUUCUUGCAGGUCAACCGCUUCCAGAAGAUACCUGUACUCAAGGAUGGGGACUUUGUCUUGGCUGAAAGCGUGGCCAUCUUGAUCUACCUGAGCCUCAAGUACCAGACGGAGGCCCACUGGUAUCCCACCGACAUACAGACUCGUGCCCGAGUUCACGAGUACCUGGGCUGGCAUGCUGACUGCAUCCGGGGCACCUUUGGCGUGUUGCUGUGGGCCCGGGUGCUGGCACCACUCAUUGGGGCCCAGGUCCCUGAGGAAAAGGUGGGGCACAAUCGGACCUCCAUGGAUCAGGCCUUGCAACAGCUGGAGGACAAGUUCCUGGGGGACAGGCCCUUUCUCGUCAGCAACCAGGUGACCCUGGCAGACCUCAUGGCACUGGAGGAGCUGAUGCAGCCCGUGGCUGUUGGCUAUGACUUGUUUGAGGGGCGGCCACGGCUGGCGGCAUGGCGUACUCGAGUGGAAGCUUUCCUGGGUGCUGAGCUGUUCCAGGAAGCCCACAGCCGCAUCCUGAACAUCCUGGAACAGAUGGCCAACAAGACCAUCCCUGUGCCCCCGCCAGAGGCCCAUCCAACUAUGCUGAAGCGAAUUGCCAGAAUCACCUGA